ACUUCUUUCUGAAGUAGCAAACUCGCCAAUGACUUCGGCCAAUACACUUGAAAUUGUUCUUCGAUAUGCCUUAUUGCACUGUUGCAAAGCUGAACAGUGGAUAGAGCCGACGAAAGAAUGCCUUGAAGCUGGCAGCACAACUGUAGAACUAUGCGAUCUACUGCUAACUUUCUUGUUUUCAACAACGCGAAUUGCCGAUGCUUUGAUUGAGGAAUACUUAACUAUAUCAAUAAUUGGGCGAGCAACACUAAACUCAACGAACGCUACGCUAUCCGCCAAUAAUAAUCUUCAGAGCGACAUGGAUACUAGUAUAAAGCCUCUUAUUGAAAUAGAUACUUUUAUAACUCAACUGCUACCAUUCCUCGAAUCUACAACAACCAGCGGCAACUUUGAACAAUCUCACCAUUGGACCUUUUUACUGAGACUUUUAUCAUAUAUACUAGCCCCGCUUGAUUCCGAUCGGAUUAUUGUUGAUUUGCAAAGAGGAAAAGAAAAUUCGCUAGUCGAGAUCCUUAUUGAUGUUUUCAAACUUCUGUCACAUAUACUUGCCACGGGGUUGUAUCACGAUUGGUAUAUUAAGGCUACUGACAGUACUAAUAGAAUAUCUGGUAGCACCAAUGCGCCGCUUGCAGCUACCAUGUCAUUUCAAAACAAUGAAAAUUACAAUAAUAAUAAUACACAACCUGCGUUCGAUUCUCAAUUCUCAUUUGUGUCUCAGACUUCGAUAGAUUUGGGGGAUGGAGGAAUUGAUGCGACACUCGAUAUCGAUAAUACACAGGUUCAAAUAGAAGACGAUGGUAUAGUGAUGCUGGACAAUAACGAGGGAGUAGAAACCGGCGGCGAAGCCAGACUAAAGAAGGACCCGAGUAUGGCCGAUGGCAAAAGCGACAGUCAGAAGAGCAAGGCAGGAAGAGAACUUAGUAAGACGAACUCAGCAGUUAUUGAGAAUGCUGUUCUAGCAGCGCAAAUUAUGAUUAUGUUGAUAGAAAAAAAAGAUGUCAAACGUAUUUUCGAAUUGCAACAUAACCUAAAACGACAGCUAGAGCAAAAGACAGAAGAAGGGAUAGAAGGUGCAAAUGAUACCACACAGCACGACAACAACAACGGUAGCAGUAAUGCAUUUGAACCAUGGAUCGAAUGCCAAAUUAAAUUAGACCCCAAAAACCCUGCUAUCAAAGCGUGCAGAUCAAAUGAAGCCUCUCAGAACUCAAUCAUUCAACGGGCUUUAACGUUAGUACAAAAAUUGACAGAUAGGGAUAUAGAACGAAGAAUGGCUGUACAUAUGAAAUAUCAUGAAUUGGAAGAUGAAGGCACAGCAAGAGCCAUGCCAAGUGCGGGGGUCAUGGGUCUUUUAUAUCAUAUGGUGCAAAUCAGGCCUUCUCUUGACGAUGAUUAUAUUUUGGAUCACUUGGUUAAGCUACAGACAAUAAAAGGUUCUUUUGAUGAGUCAUUUUUCUUGGAGAUUUGGCUAACAGCCCUUGGUGGCCUUCGAGAAGCAUCGUUGAAUACGAGUUGCCAAAUUCCCCCUAUGAUCGAGAAAGAGAACAUUAUAUCAAAAGGCAACACGAACCAGAAUUGUAACUCUGUUGUGGCUACGAAUAGACUUCUAUGGAAGAGUAUAGUCUUAGUCAAGUUGCCUGAUUUGUUGGACAAAUUACAGCAUUUAAAGCGAGAUAAAGGCAUUAAGCUGACAGGUACUGAUGAGUCAUAUAAUGCCUUUGAGUCAGCCUUAAUGAAACUGGAAGCAUUUACUGGCCUUAUCAAUGCUUGUAGCAUCCCGGCAUGCUGCACGGAAUAUUAUGCACCAGAUUCGACGUGCUCGUCACUUGUGGAUAAAAUGAUAGCGGGAGAAAAAGGAACAGAAAAUCUAGAGGCUGAAGACGAUUUCAUGAAUAUGAUCAAUGAGAUGGAUUCUACAGCUGACGAUUUGAAUGGACCAAUUUUGAAGUAUUUGCAUGCUUUAAGCAAUAAUGACAUAUUCACAAAUAUUGUGCUUGUUUGUCACAGACAUGGAUUUGUGCGGUCAGAGGUUGUAGAAGAGCUUUUACAAAAGAGAAAAGUGAAAGAACAAAAUGAUAGCAUGGACAUCGAUAAUGAUUUAGGGGAAUUAACUCCCGUUGCUGCUGUUGAUCAGAAUAUCGAUGUGCGAUUUAAAAGCAUUAAAGAGAAAUUGUCAUCUACUGCUUUGCUGGAAUUGAUACAUAUUGGAUUAGUAUCACCUAUUCAUCUGAGAAAGAUUAUUGACUUCAUUUUAGCUCUGUUGAAAGAGAAAUCUAUUGCGAAUGAUUUCUAUUCACUUUCCACAAUUUGUGAUGUUCUAGCACAAUGCCCUUGCAGCGUCGAUUUGAUUCUUCAGCUUUAUACCCCGCAAGAAUUGCUCAGCCCUUUAGAGAAUAUCUGCAACAAUUGGGACCCCAAUGGCUACCAAACAGAAAUGAUAGAUGAAUUAACAAUUCUAACAACUGAAGAAAGCAAGGAGAAACUAAGUGGAGGGCACUUACUCUAUCAAAAAUACGGCAGAAUCUGGAAUUUUGUAAUUUCAGUAGUGAAAAGAUUCAAGCUUUAUAGAGAUUUAGAUAAGGUCUUCAUCGAUAAAUCUGGCCUCCUCUAUACAUACUUUGCCGAGGGACCAACUAUUUAUGGUAUUGAUAUCUUGGAUGAUUCUAUGGAAGUCUAUAUUGAGAAUUGGAUGAGCGGUCUCGCAGCAGGAGACGAGUUAUCCGAAGAUUUGCUCAAGUCGUCAAGCCCUCAAAUUCUCCUGAAGAUUUUCCCUAGCAUUAUCCAACGUGCUAUUUUACUUUAUAGCAAUAAGCAAAUGGACAAUGACACGUUUGUCCGUAUCAUUUCUUAUUUCCAAAAGCCUGUGUUGGACUUUACUUUAUCGGGUAUUUUCAAUAUCCUUUGUGAAGAACUUUUGAACGGACAAUCUGCUAUUGCUCUUUUAUGCUUGCGUCAGUACAUUAUGGGUUGUAAUAACGAGAACAAUAACUGCUCGCCUCUUUCGCGUGAUAUCAGUCUCCAUCCUGUUUUGGGAUCACUAGAAUCCUUAUUAGAAUUUAAGCGUCAAGAGGCCGCUUUCUCGACAACAGAAAAUGAGGAGGAUAUUCAAUUGGUAAAGGGCAUGUCUGAACUUAUGCAAUAUAUUCAUACGGACAACAAAUUGGAUAAAUUAACAGAAGACCAUUCUAUGAUGCAUGUGGAAACGGUGACGACCGGUGUGAUACCCUCAACCUUAUUUGAAAAGGCAUCUACCAUGUUUCGCUAUAUUGUGAAGAGCGGUCGCUCGUUGUACAUGGGUGAUGUAGAUACAGACACCAAUGCCCUGUGGGAUGAUCAAGCGCCUACAAAAAUGCAAGUUGUUUCUCAUUGCUUGGAUAUGACUUUAUUUGAAACCGCUCUAGAAAUUGGUGGUGGUCAUUGGUUUGUCAAUAUGAUUGUAGAUCAAGUAUUAGAAGCAGGGAGAAGUGGAGGCGCUGCUAGAGCAGCUGAAUUGGGCUCUUGCCUUAUCACAACACCUUUAUUAUACUCAGCCAAUCGAUAUAACAGCUGUAUCAAUCUAUUGAGAUGCUUGCUACAGGAUGUAUUACCGUCGAGCCUUCAUCAUUGUGCAGAAAAAAACAUGUCAUACUUCCAAGGACAGACGCUUGGUGUAUUUACAAGUGAUUGUUUGGUUUUAAUGCAGAACAGAGAUGAAACAGUCAGCAAGCUUGGAAAACUGUUCUUCAAUGACUUGUACAUCAAUAACAGCAAUAGCCAUGAUAACGAUGAAAGUAGUCAUCGUACCGAGAGGAAAAAAUCAAUAGCAGUGGUAGACGAGCCACAGAUCGUUGAAGGAACACGAUUUACCGCUUGGGACGGCACAGUAACGAAAAGCGCUGUAUGGCGAGGUUUUAUUAAAGGACUAAUGAGCAAUCCUAUGAUAGAAGAAGUUUGGCCAAAUGCUUUUAUUUAACGACCUCAUAUUACAUUAAAUCAUCAACUGUACAUAUCUAUGAAACUGAACGAUAA